AUGAGCAGCAGCCGCCGCCGCCGCCACACCCGCUCGCCGGCCGUCGGGCCCCUGGAUGACGACGACCUCCUCUGCGAGAUCCUCCUCCGCCUCCCUCCGCAGCCUUCAUCACUUCCGCGGGCCUCCGCCGUCUGCAAGCGCUGGCGCCGCCUCGUCUCCGACCCCGGCUUCUUCCGCCGCUUCCGCCUCCGGCACCGCCGCAAUCCGCCCCUCCUCGGCUUCUUCGACAAGUACGGAGUUAGUCCCUUCCGUUCUACCCUGGAGGCCCCCAAUUGCAUCCCUCCCGGGCGCUUCUCCUUGCAGCGUGACGACGACUACGACCGCUCCAUAUCCCUUGGAUGUCGCCAUGGUCUCUUCCUCAUCUUCCUCACGAAGCACCGCCAAGUUCUGGUGUGGGACCCCGUCACCGGCGACGAGCACCGCAUCGCCGUUCCCGCGGCGUUCGAUGAAGACAAAACCAUGGGCCUGGUCAAUAGCGCGGUGCUUCGCCCUGCCGAAGAGGACCCGCACUUCCAGAUGGUCUUGGCGGUGGCGGACGACAAGCAGCAAGCGCUCGCCUGCGUUUACUCGUCAAAGACAGGCCUGUGGGGAGAUCUCAUCUCAACGCCACUUCCAUACGAGGAUAAUGGGAGCCCUAUUCCCACACUGGUUUUUACUGACGAUUCUGUGCUAGCCGGAGAUUCCCUUUACUGGAAACUUGUUGGGAAUCUAUAUGGAAUUCUAAAAUUUGAUCUGGUGAAGCAGAGCCUCGCUGCGAUGCGGGUGCCACUGGAUAUGUGUGGUGUGGGCAGAUGCUUCAAGAUUAUGCGGGCCGAGAGUGGUGGGUUGGGUUGCCUCGUACUGUCAUACGACUGCGCUGUCCAGUUGUGGAAGAGGAAGACCGAUUGUGAUGGUGCUUCUUCGUGGGGGCUUGCAAGAACUAUUGAACUGGACAAGCUACUUCCCGUGAAAUCCGUAUGCUUACAAGGGAUUGCUGAGGAGAAUAAUGUGGUGUUUCUCUGGAACACGAUUGGCGUCUUCAUGGUCCAUCUUCAGUCAUUGAAGUUCAAGAAGCUUUUCGAAACCAACAUCAUUUCUUCCUAUCAUCCAUUCGAAAGUGUCUAUGCUGCAGGAACAUGCGUUGGUGGUGGACACGAUGGGAAUAAGCUUUUGCUCAAUACGCAAGAGGAUUAAUUGUUGGAUAUGCUAUUUGAUCUAUUGGUUGAGCAAGUAUCUGGCCAGAGUUACCUUCUAGUCGCUCAGAUGC